CUCCUGGCUGCUGCUUCGUUCUCUUGCCCGGCCGCGUAGCUGGGAGGACGCUUGACUGACGUGCUUUCCUUACCGUCCCGGGUGGUCCUCAUUGCCAUUUUGCUUGCGGCGAGAGGAGCCAAGAGAAGGUAUAUAAGAGCUGCCUUGUUCGCAGAAGGUCGCGUCAUAUCCUCCCUGUCUUUCCCAAUCCCACUUCCACCUACUUAAUCAUCUUCAUCGCCCUCUUCUAUUUCUUACAAGAGCUUGUCUUUGAACCUGCUUGUGUCACGCCCUUGUCUCACAGAGCUUCAUCUCUCAGAACCUCAGAACUCUUCCUCCUUCAAGCAGCAUGGGCUUUGGAGAUUCCUCACGUAUUGCUUCCCAUGGCCGCGGAGGGGCUGGCAACAUCAGCAAAGACGACCCCAAUGCCUACACUAACCCUAACGACCUCAUUACCCCAACCCUGAAAUCCGAUCACUACACGACAGGACGAGGCGGCUCUGGCAACAUUGCAAAGAACGACCCAAUGCACCCUGAACUCGCUCGCGCUAGCCAGGACGUCGACGCGCCUAUUCACCGAGACUUCGAGGGUCCGCACCACUUCGGCCGCGGGGGAGCUGCAAAUAUUGUCACCCCAAGUGAGGAAGAAGUGCGAAUUGCGCGCGAGCAGAAUCAGCGAAAGAGCGACGAGGCCAAGCGACAGGAAGGCGCUACCCCGGGUGACGUUAAGGGCCUUGUUGACAAGGGCAAAGACUUCCUCUCCAAGCUUGGUGGGAAGAAGUAGACGUCUGUCUGUCAGGCUCUCUUCUAGCGAGUAUACUAAAAUUUCCGGUCCCCACCUUUUUCCUAAAUUCUACCACUUCCAUUGUGAUAUCCCUGGCGCAUGGCCAUGCGAGUUCAUCGAGGAGCAGGGUCUGGCUUGAAACGUGGAUGGAAUGGAGUUUAUGGGAUUUUCUCCAAAAGUUUUCAUUUUAUCUUUGAUGCUCGAGAAUAGAUACGAAUCGAAUAGCUCGAUAUGCAGGUCAAGCAUGCGUGUAUUGACCACAUUAGUUUAAUAUUGGUCUGAAUGAUACCUCUCCUAC